AAUUAGAUCUCUCUGUUGGUUGGUUUCAUUUACUAUAAACAGGUCUUGUGCUUUGUUUCAAUACAUCAAAGCCCAUAGCCAGGCACAGACAGAAACCACAUGUAACUUUAGGUCAGAAAAGGGUAAAAUGUGGCACUUGUUUAACCGACUUUACCGCUGCCUUGGGGUAAACCGGAUCAGGCAAAGGUGUAGGCUCCUCUCCCUGCCAUGCUGACGCCGGCAAUGCCAUCCUUCAGGCUUUAUCAGGCUGUGAAUGAGUUUGACACCAUGACUGCUGAGGACUCCACUGCAAGGAUGAGCAACGAUUCCUCCAAUGUGUCUACUACAAAAGUCCCUGAAGGUGUUGCUGGUGCGCCCAAUGAGGCAGCUCUGCUGGCCCUCAUGGAGCGCACUGGAUAUAGCAUGAUCCAGGAGAAUGGGCAACGCAAGUACGGUGGCCCUCCGCCUGGAUGGGAGGGCCUGCACCCUCCUCGCGGCUGCGAAGUCUUUGUGGGCAAAAUCCCCCGCGAUGUCUAUGAAGAUGAGCUUGUUCCUGUGUUUGAAUCCGUCGGCCGCAUCUAUGAAAUGCGCCUGAUGAUGGACUUUGAUGGGAAGAACCGUGGCUACGCCUUUGUGAUGUACACACAGAAGCACGAGGCGAAGCGUGCUGUCAGGGAGCUGAAUAAUUAUGAAAUCCGCCCCGGUAGGCUGCUGGGUGUGUGCUGCAGUGUGGAUAACUGCCGGCUCUUCAUUGGAGGCAUUCCCAAGAUGAAGAAGAGAGAGGAGAUCCUGGAAGAGAUUGCCAAGGUGACGGAAGGCGUGCUGGAUGUCAUUGUGUAUGCCAGUGCUGCAGACAAGAUGAAGAACAGAGGUUUCGCCUUUGUGGAGUAUGAGAGCCAUCGAGCAGCAGCAAUGGCCAGGAGGAAACUCAUGCCGGGAAGGAUCCAGCUGUGGGGACACCAAAUUGCUGUUGACUGGGCGGAACCAGAGAUAGAUGUGGAUGAAGACGUCAUGGAAACUGUUAAAAUCCUCUAUGUGAGGAAUUUAAUGAUUGAGACCACAGAGGACACCAUUAAAAAGGUCUUUGGGCAGUUUAACCCUGGCUGUGUAGAGCGGGUGAAAAAAAUACGUGAUUACGCCUUUGUGCACUUUACAACCAGGGAAGAUGCCAUUCAUGCCAUGAACAACCUUAACGGUGUUGAACUGGAAGGCUCGUGCCUGGAGGUUACCUUGGCCAAGCCAGUAGACAAGGAGCAAUAUACUCGCUACCAGAAAGCAGCAAAAGGAGGGGCCACAGCAACGCCUGAAGUAACUCAGCAACCUAAUUAUGUUUACUCUUGUGAUCCAUACACACUAGCUUAUUAUGGAUAUCCAUACAAUGCCUUGAUCGGGCCCAACAGAGAUUACUUUGUGAAAGCAGGCAGCAUACGAGGCAGAGGGCGAGGUGCAGCUGGCAACAGAGCUCCAGGCCCCAGGGGCUCCUACCUGGGGGGAUACUCCGCCGGCCGUGGCAUCUACAGCAGGUACCAUGAAGGCAAAGGAAAACAGCAAGAGAAAGGAUAUGAGCUGGUACCCAACUUGGAGCUACCUGCAGUCAAUCCGGUGGCCAUUAAGCCCGGUGCAGUGGCCAUCCCUGCCAUUGGUGCCCAGUACUCCAUGUUUCAGGCUGCACCACCAGCCAAGAUGAUGGAAGAUGGCAAAAUCCACACUGUCGAGCACAUCAUCAACCCUAUAGCUGUGCAGCAGGACCCAGCCAGUGCGGCAGCUGCUGCAGCAGCUGCAGCCGCAGCUGUAAUACCAGCUGUCUCAACACCUCCCCCCUUCCAGGGCCGCCCCAUCACACCGGUGUAUACCAUGGCCCCCAAUGUGCAGCGGAUCCCCGCCGCAGGGAUUUACGGGACAAGUUACGUGCCAUUCGCAGCACCCGCUGCAGCGACAGCAACAAUAGCCACGCUACAGAAGAACGCUGCAGCUGCUGCCGCUGCAGCCGCCGCUGCCUACGGGGGAUACGCCGGCUACAUCCCCCCAGCGUUCCCGGCCGCGACCAUCCAGGUUCCCAUCCAUGAUGUCUACCAGACGUACUGAGACUGUCGGCAGAGGAGGGGGGCAGAGAAACACACACUGAAGGAACACUUUACUAUUUAUGAAGAAAAAACCGUCUGCGAAAGAGUAAACGUUUGGGCUUGGUAAACUGAUGCAGAAAGUGAAGAAUGUCAUAGAGAACCAUGUUUGAGAUAUUUUCUACGCUUGAAGUUUUCACUAACUUUUUUAGGCUAUUUUUAAAAUUUAACAUGCCUGUAUUCAUACAUUUCUAAAGGACCUCAAUGCAUCCAGCCCACCGCUGACAUGCAUUCAUACGCAUCCUAGUAGGGUUGCAUAGGGUCUUUUUUUUUUUUUUUUUUUUAGCAGUUAUAUUUUCAGUAUAUUUGUGGUAUGAAGGUUAUUUUUUAGUAACUUCUGCACUCCAGAGAUGUCUAUUUUGUAGUGCCUUUAAUAAUAUAUCAGCUAUAUAUUAAAAAGCACACCUGAGCAGCUAGGGAAAGUUUUAACAAUAUAUUUUGAAGAAUAUAUUCAAUAUUUAAAGAAUACAUACCUUAGAUUUUUUUUAAAGAAAAAAACAACAAGUAUCUUAUUUAAAAAAUUAUACUGGAAAGUGCAAUUUCAAAAAUGUGCAAGACCUCUGAAUUUUUGUGCUGGCAUUAACACAAUCUGCUCAUUCUUAUUUGAAAUCAGAAGUAACUAAUAUUGCCUUUUUGGGAGAAAGAGAAAAAAAAAAAAAGCCUCCUCACACAAACCUCUUUGCAGUGUGAUUUGCAGGCUUGUGUUAAGUAAAGGAAAGGCUCUGAGUUUUCCUUAACAACUGGAUUUUCUAUUUAUUGAAGCUACUUGUAGUUGGAGCACGUGCAGAAACAAGUAGCUCUUAUUUCAUGCAAGGUGUCUUGAGUUAGAUCUUCAUCCAGUAUAAAGCCUAGACUCUUUUUCAAUGCUCUUUAUUUUAUUCUUUGAAGUAUAUGUUGUAGUGACUAAGAAUGUAUGCUGCUGUCAGCAAGAGGAGGUGCGCUCUCACUGAGAGGAUGUGCAGCAUUACUUACCCAUCGCUCCAUCGUGUUCCAUAAGAAAUGUCUGAGGUACUAGGGGUGGUAGUGAUACUGGAAUUAGUGAAACAGGUCUAGCCAUCUCCUGGCCUCCCUUCCACACUUAAUUCCCCUUCUCCACAACUGGAGUUGUACAUGCACAUCAGGGGCGGGAGCGGUUAGACCUGAUGAUUUUAAGACAUAGAGCUUGUAAAUAUCUUUUAAUAUACAUUUUUAAAGUCAUUUUAUGUUGCAAAUUUACAUGGUAUGUGGUUUGUCACAAAACAAAAACGUUUUAUUGCAAUGUUAUAAAAAAGUUUGUUUUAUUAAGAAGUAAAUAUAUUAUUGCAGUGUUUUGUGGCCUGUUUAAAGGCUUUUAUUUAGUAGUGCAGUGAAUGUAAAAUAUAGUGAAACGGUAAAGAAAUAUCUUGCCCAUUGUAUGAAGUGCAUCAGCCCUGCAAACACAGCUCCAGUGACAUGAGGUGUGAAGCAGGGAGUGAGUAAACAAUGUUCCUUUACUUUUUGUGGUAUAAGUACCAACCAAAGCGGUUCUGUAUUGAGUGUAUUUUGACAACUGAACCGCUUCCAGACCAUGCCCAGCUCAAUUAAGUGACCUUUUAAUACACUUUGUUUUCCUUGCCUCAAAAUUGAGCGGUUGUUUUUCAGGUGCUCUUGCUCAGCCAAGCUGAGCUCUCCUUAACCCUGUCGACCUGUUAGCGAAAGCACUGUGAGGUUAAACAUUAGGUCGGACUCUGCUCCUCCGCGCCCCAUCCUGGGAGACUUUUAUUGUCUGUGCCUGCACUCUGGCAGCGCACCCAGACCUUAGCCCCGGGGCCCUGCCCCUUUGUAGGGCGAGAGGAGGUGAUUUGGGGGAAGCCCCCAACUUGGAGGCCGGUGCUCUCUCCUCCGGCCCUCUGGCUAAGGCCUUACACGGCUCAACACUAAAUGCCACAGUGGGUCCGUGGGCUCUGCACAAACGCCCCUGGGAUCAGGAAAACGCAGUCUAGUUGUUUGGGUCUCUGCUGGCCCCCUUCCAGCACCAAGCCACAGCUGACCCACAGAGGAGGGAUGAAGGGUGAUGGCUCCCUUCCCACUCAUCCUUUCCCAACAGCAGGACAAGGGUCCUGCCACUCUUAGAGGUGGCAGGGAGAGAGAGGAGCCAACGAGGGCAAACCCCGAGGCACCCAGGACACUGGUGGGUGCUGCCUGCGCUACAGCAGGAGCAGGCAGGAGCCGGCAGCACCCAGGAACGCAGGCAGCACCCAGGAACGCAGGCAGCACCCAGGGAUGCAGGCAGCUGAGCCUCCCACCCAUAGCCUGUCUUUUACACUUGCUUCUAAACCAUUUCAUGUACACUACUACUGAGGUAAGUCUGAUAACUUGAAAUGUGAACAUCUUUAGGUUAAGAACAAACUAUUCAAAGAAAAAAAAUAUUUAAAAAAAA